AUGCGCUUUUCCGCUGUUCAUACCACCCUUUUUUCCGCCACCACGUCUGCCACCGCCGCCACCAAUGCCACGGUCGCGGCCAGGCAGGCGCCGGCCGCGCGUUGCAACUAUGGGGACUGGUCGUGCGGGAUUAGAGAAAACAAUUUCCGGUCAAGCUCAGUCUUUGUUUGCGAUAAUACCGGCAGGUUGCAGGUGAUCGCGAACUGCGGCGGUCCUGACUGCUGCCAGUACGCAACGUUUAUGUUAAGAAAUAAAUCUUUACGAGGAAUCGCAUUGAUGUUGCGUGCGGGCGGUGCGGCUAGCGCGAGAUCCGCAGUAGCGGCGACACAAUUGCAUUCACGUGCCAACGCGUUGCUACUUACCGGCACUUUACCAACGAUCCCAACAACGGUGGCGAAACAUGACGUUACCGCUCUGUCAAGAUUGCACGCCAGAGGUCCCACUUCUGGAGGCCCGGGCACCCACGAGGUGGGGCACCUCUGCAGGGUUUUCUCUCUGCAGAGGGGCACCGGCCUCCGGCCUCCUCUCACCAUCAAUAUGAUAACUUUGAUAUCUACUACUAAUUGGCACCCCUUCAUCGGCUUCGACAAGAUCCACGAGGCGGCAGCUCUCCUUCGGUCGCGCCGUCACCCGCCCGUUGUUUCCGGGAUUCACAAAUGUUGCAAAGAAGCGGAGCAUACGGUAGACUGGGUACUUGAUAAACCGAUAAUUGACUACUGCCUGCGGUUCAAUAUCCAGUUGGUCACUUUGCCGGCGCACUCGCCGCACCUAAUACAGCCCAUGGACGUCGGCGUUUUUUCCCGCUUCAAGAACGAGCACUAGAAGGCUCAGUUUGAGAGAGUGUAAGAGGGUGACAUGCGCUUUACUGGCCUCAACUUUGUGAUGGCUCUCAACCUAGGGGCCAGUCCGGUUGUAGCGGUUUUCAAGUUUUUUAGCACCACUGCCGGUUUGUGGACCUAAAAUAAGCUUAUUUUUCGGCGCCCUGGGGCUUGUUUUGUCUGGACAUGUAUUUUUGGAUCUGCUUCGUAUAACUACCAAAGUUUGGGGGGGGUGUUGUGGAGUGGCGCGCCUUGCAGGCGGCUGCUCCACUCUAGACCGGGAGGGUCACGUGACUGGUUGAACUGCGUGCAGAAAACUCUGCGACGCGACGGCGGUGCUUUGCACCUUCGUCACCUUUUAACACUACUUUUAGAUAGUCGCUUUUCAUGUGUCAACUAUCGCAGCUUGUCUCUUUGUUUUCCGUGAUUCCGUAACAGCGCAACGCUUGCCUCGCAAGGAAUCGACGGCGUUCUGCCGGAGCAGCAGCGGAUAUGUGUCCGGCACCGAUACCUUGUUCGGUUGGCGUAGAUCCACCACCACUCGGCUCUUUACUUUUCCGCGAGCAACCCGCCAGACCACGAAGCACGGGAAGGCGAACGGCGUUGCAUGGUUGACUGGCUCCAAGUGGCCCUGCUGGUUGAGCUUGUCGGAAUACGCAUUCGCUCACUUUCGGUCAUGUCGAUUGGUCCCCGGUCCCGCCAGACGUCGGCAUUCUCGCAGAUGUUCUUGAAGAUGCGUGCCUCCGUCGGGUCCUUGUUGU